AUGGAGGCGAGCGGCGGCCCGCGGGUGCUGGUGGUGGGCGCGGGGCUGGCGGCGCUGGGGGCGGCGCAGCGGCUCCGCGCCGCCGGGCGCCUGCGCCUGCUGGAGGCCGGGGCCCGUGUCGGCGGCCGCGUCUGCACCCGCCCCUUCGGCUCGGGGCUGGCGGAGAUGGGCGCRCACUGGAUCCACGGGCCCUCGGAGGGCAACGCCGUCUUCCGCCUGGCCUCCCGCUACGGGCUGCUGGGCCCCGGCGCCGCCGACGAGGAGAAGCAGCGCGUGGAGGCCGGCGGGCACCCACUCCUGCCCUCCGUCACCUACGGCAGCUCGGGCAGGGUGCUGAGCCCCGAGGCGGUGAGCGGCGCCCGCGCCCUCUUCUCCGACCUCCUCGAGUCCACGCGCCUCUUCGUGGGCGCCGAGGCGCCGCCGGCGCCCAGCGUGGGCCAGUACGUGCGCGCCGAGAUCGCCCGGCUCGCCGCCACCUGGCCGGGCGACGAGGAGAGCCGGCGGCUCCGCCUCGCCGUCCUCAGCGCCUGCCUCAAGCUGGAGUGCUGCAUCAGCGGCACCCACAGCAUGGACCUGGUGGCGCUGGCGCCCUUCGGGGAGUACACGGCGCUGCCCGGCCUCGACUGCACCUUCCCCGGCGGCUACAGCAGCCUCCCCGACCGCAUGCUGGCGGGCCUGCCCGAGGGCACCGUGCUGCUCAACAAGGCGGUGAGGACCGUGCGGUGGCAGGGCGCCUUCCGCGAGGACGGGCGCGCGCAGAGGGAGUUCCCCGUGCGGGUGGAGUGCGAGGAUGGCGACUCCUUCCUCGCGGACCACGUCAUCGUCACUGUCCCGCUGGGUUUCCUCAAGGAGCGCCACCAGGACUUCUUUCAGCCUCCCCUGCCCGAGCGGAAAGCAGAGGCCAUUCGCUGCCUGGGCUUCGGCACCAACAACAAGAUCUUCCUGGAGUUCGAGCAGCCGUUCUGGGACCCCGACUAUCAGCUCCUCGAAGUGGUGUGGGAGGACGAGUCGCCUCUUGAGGAGCCUAGCACAGACCUGGAGGCCAACUGGUUCAAGAAGCUCAUUGGCUUUGUGGUCAUCCAGCCACCAGAACAGUACGGCCACGUCCUCUGUGGCUUCAUUGCUGGCAAGGAGGCGGAGUACAUGGAGACCCUCAGCGACGCAGAAGUUCUCAGCACCUUGACACGUGUCCUUCGCACGCUGACAGGAAACCCGCAGCUGCCGGCGCCCAAGAACAUGCUCAGAACGCGGUGGCACAGCGCUCCCUACACCCGUGGCUCCUACAGCUACGUGGCUGUGGGCAGCUCGGGGGAGGACAUCGACGUGCUGGCUCAGCCUCUGCCCGAGGACGGGGCUGACCCCAGGCCGCUGCAGCUCCUCUUCGCCGGCGAGGCCACGCACCGCUCCUUCUACUCCACCACGCACGGCGCGCUGCUCUCGGGCUGGCGCGAGGCCGAGCGCCUCAACGCGCUCUACGGGGCCGCCGAGCCGUCCUGCCCCGCUCCCCGCCUCUGACGCGCGGCCCCAGGCACCACCAGGCACCGCAGACACGCUCAGGGGCAGCA